AUGCCUGGGCUUCAGGGGAAGCAGUUUGCCGGCCAGGACGACCUCUCGAUUGUCACCGUUGAACGAGAACUAGAACCCCCCCUUUCAAAUAUCGUUUCUCCAGCAGACCCAAGGCAGAAGGAUCCCACACUUGAGGAAGCCCUUGGUUCCCCUGAUAACGAAGAUGACGGCGAUUACACCACCAGCUCUGACCGUCGGCAGGUGGGAUACAUCUCCGCUGUCUUCCUCAUCUUCAACCGCAUGGUCGGGACCGGGAUCUUCGCUACGCCCAGCGAGAUCCUCUCUCUCUCCGGCUCUGUCGGGCUCUCACUCAUGAUGUGGGUGUGCGGGAUGCUGAUAGCCUUCGCCGGAAUGUUCGUGUACAUGGAAUUCGGGACCGGUAUCCCGCGUAACGGCGGUGAGAAGAACUAUCUCGAAUACGUGUUUCGCCGGCCGCGGUUCUUGGUCACGGGCAUGUACGCGGCAUAUGUGGUGCUGCUUGGGUGGGCCGGGAGCAACUCGGUCAUUUUUGGGGAGUAUAUCCUCAAUGCGGCAAACGUGGAGGUCAAUCGUUGGAAUCAGAGGGGUGUGGGACUUGCUUGUAUUACCAGCGCUUUUCUCAUUCACGGCUUGGCUUUGAAUUGGGGACUGAGGCUGCAGAAUUUCCUCGGCAUUGUCAAACUUCUGAUUCUGAUCUUGAUCAUAAUCUGUGGAUUUGUUGCUCUAGGUGGCCAUCUUCGGAUUGAAAAGCCGCAUAACUUUACCGAUGCUUUUGCUGGUACCACGGGGAGCGCAUACGGAGUGGUUACCGCACUAUACAACGUUAUCUGGAGCUACAUUGGGUACAGCAAUGCCAAUUAUGCUCUUUCUGAAGUGAAGAACCCCGUCCGAACGCUCAAGAGGUCUGCCCCAGCCGCGAUUGUCUUAGUUUCUAUCCUCUACAUGCUGGUCAAUAUCGCAUACUUCGCAGCCGUGCCAAAGGAAGAUAUUGUCAGCUCUGGGCGUAUUCUGGCGGCGUCAUUUUUCAGAAAUAUCUUUGGUCCAAGGGCAGAACGUGUUCUUUCUGUCUUCGUGGCGCUAUCUGCGUUCGGAAACGUCUUGAGCGUCAUCUUUUCUCAGGGUAGAUUGGUGCAAGAAAUUGGCCGGGAAGGAAUUAUCCCAUUCUCAAGGUUGUGGGCUAGCAACAGGCCGUUGAAUGCUCCGUUUAUGGGCCUCUUCGAACAUUGGUGUGUGUCGGUCAUCAUCAUGCUUGCCCCUCCUCCUGGCGAUGCAUACAAUUUCAUCCUCAAUGUAAUCUCCUACCCUCUAGCGGUAAUCAACGUUUUCGUCGCCGCGGCCCUCAUUUGGCUAUACCUACACCCCUUCUCCCCCGACCGCACCCCCAGCACAUGGGCACCUCCCUUCCGAGCCACUCUCCCCAUAACCAUCUUCUUCUUCCUCUCAAACAUUUAUCUCGUCGCCGCGCCCUUCGUGCCUCCCGACGCCGGACAGAAUGUAUAUCAACAUCUCCCUUAUUUCCUUCAUUGCGUUGUCGGAAUUGGCAUCUUUGUUGUGGGGGCGAUAUACUGGCUCGUGUGGGCGGUAAUCCUUCCGAAGCUUGGGGGAUAUGAGCUGGUUAGGGAGACCAGGAUAAUGGAGGAUGGGUGGAAUAGGAAUGUGUUUUCGCGGAGACCUUUAAGAAGUUGA